AUGGAGCAAUCAACUGCAUGGGCGAAUUUUCUGGAGGAGAAUGACAAGGUGGAGUAUGUAUGGCUACAGUUCUUGUCCUACACCUCCGACACACUCGUUCGAAUCAUCCCCCGAGCCAAGUUCACCGCCAUGCUCAAGGAUGGAGAAAACCUCUCUAUGCCCCGCUGCAUCCUCCAUCUCCUGCCGGGAGAUCGUCUCACUGAGGGAGGUAAUCCUGCUGGCAAGCUGCUUCUCUGCCCAGAUAUUAGCUCUGCCUAUUGUCAAGCUGGGUCGAAUGGUACUCGCGCAGUGAUCAACGUGUGCUGUGUACAAGAUGACGGAACUUCUGUUGCCGAAUGCCCGCGAUCGAAUCUCCUUGGACUACACACGAUGCUCCAAGAAAAGAUGGAGUCUAGCCUUCUUGUUGGAUUCGAAGUAGAGGUCAUGUUCCUGAAACCCAGACAGGAAGGCGACAUCACAGUCGACUACGAGCCCAUCAACACCCAGCAUUCAUUCUCUAGCAUGACUCCCGAGGAUCGCACCUACAUGCAUCUUAUCGAAGCCGUCGUUCGAGCCUUAUCCACAGUGGGCAUUGACCUAGAGCAGUUCCAUGCAGAGGCAGGGCCCGGCCAGUGGGAGUUCGUACUGCCACCCGCAGAACCUGUGCGGGCGAUCGACCUCCUGCUACGAGCCCGCGAGACCAUCAUGCACGUUGCCCAAACAUUCGAAUUACGCGCUACAGUAUAUACGCAGCCAUUUCCGCAGAAAGCCUGCAAUGGAGCCCACGUGCAUAUAUCCCUCAACCCGAAGGACAAAAACAAAGUUGAGAAGAUAGACCAAAAGGCAGCGUCGUUCUUCGCCGGCAUCAUGCGCCAUUUACCUGCUAUUUCAGCAUUCACACUACCUACCGACAUUAGUUACGCACGUGUGGCAUCAGGAAUCUGGAGCGGAGGCGAAUAUGUCGCAUGGGGCUGGGAAAACAAAGAAGUCCCAAUCCGACGGAUUGCGAAGAACCGAUUUGAAAUAAAAAUGGUGGACGGGCUAUCGAAUCCGUAUUUGGUUUUAGGCGCCAUUCUCAGUGCAGGGAUUAUCGGGAUCCGACAAAAAAUGCUACUCACCGCGGGCCCUUGUUCAAACGCCCCCGCUCAGUUGUCGGUUCAGGAGCGAGAGGUUCUGGGGGUCAAGGAUCGACUGCCUGCUACGCUUGAUGCGAGUAUUGCUGCUCUAGAUGCUGAUACUCACUUGCAAGUUAUACUAGGAGUUAGCAUUGUUUCAUUAUAUAUCUCUAUCAAGAGGGGCGAGGCGGAGUUUCUUCGUGCGAUGGAUGAUGAUCAGCGCAGGCUUUGGUUGAUUGCGAGGUACUAG